AUGAUAGAUUCACUGAAAAAUUACCCCGAUUCAAUUUUAAAGGAAGUAAGUGACGCCACCACAAAUGACGAAGAGCUGCAAGAAUUAUUGUCUGUAAUCAAGGAAGGAUGGCCUGAUCACAAAGACAAAAUUCCGGAAGUAUUAAAGCCUUACUUCGAUUUUAGAGAUUCCAUGAGGGACCAAGACGGCAUCAUUCUAAAGAGAACUCGUAUACUGAUUCCUAGUAAACUACGAAAUUCCAUCAAAACGAAACUUCAUGUAGCUCAUCUUGGUUACGAUAGCAUGAUGCGACGAGCAAGAGAUGCAAUAUUCUGGCCAGGGAUGUCGAAAGAAAUAAAGCAAAUGGUCAAUUCAUGUGACAUUUGCCAGCAGUAUAAACCUCGAAACCAGAAGGAAUCGUUGAUGGAUGUUGAUGACGGAGGCAGACCCUGGAAUAAAAUUGGAUUAGAUUUGUUUGAGGUUGUUGGAAGAAAUUAUCUAGUCAUUGUUGAUUAUUAUUCCUCAUUCACUGAAGUAGAGUUUCUAACGUCAACAACUUCAAAUCAUGUGAUAGCGAUAAUCAAUAAGAUAUUUGCUAGAUACGGUAUUCCUACCCAAUUAGUGUCCGAUGGAGGACCACAAUUCAGCUCGUUUCAGUUUAAAGUUUUUGUUAAAGAGUGA